CCCUGGCGCCGGCCCCGCCCCUGCCGAGCGCGGUUUCCCCCCGCCGCCUGCAUCCUCCGGCUCUGUCCUAUUGUUCUCCCUUCCCUCGCUCCCUCCUUCCCUCCGCCCGGGGCUCGCGUCCUCUCUCCGCUCUCCUCCAUCCUUCCCUCCUCCUCCUCGUCGCCGUCCCUCCCGCCCGAGCUGAUGUCACGCACCCGCUGAAGGCGCGGGCGAUCAUGGCUGCUGCGGCCGGGGCCGUGCCGCCGGCCUCCAGCUAAUGCCCGCGAUGGAGCCGGCGAGCCUGCUGCGGUUCCUGCGGAAGCUCAAGGAGGUUUUCGACGUGUGCGACGAGGAUGCGGACGGCUUCAUCCGGGUGGAGCACUUCGUCGCCCUGGGGCUGCAGUUCUGCCAAGGGGAUGAGGUGGAAAAACUGGCGAAGUACUUGGACCCAAAUGAUUUGGGAAGAAUCAAUUUCAAGGACUUCUGUCACGGAGUUUUUGCUAUCAAAGGCUGUGAAGAGUUACUGAAAGAUGUCCUGUCUUCUGAAAACUCUGAGCCUCAACACUACGAACCACACUAUGAUGAUUACUACUACCAGGGUGGUGAAAUCCAGGACUGUGCCUACUUGGACAGUGAAAGCAACUACAGCGAGCUGGAGCUUUUUCCUGAUGAGGACGUGAUGACUCUAGCACAGCAGGAGCUUCACCAUGAAUCUGACAUGGACAGUGCUAUUGAGAGUGCCCAGAGCUCGGAGGCCUCCGAUGUGUGUCGGAACGAGGAGAAGGAUGCUGUGCUCGGUAGCCUCUUUCUGCCUGGUGACAAGUCAAGUCCUCACAACCCUUCUGCUGCAUCUGACCUCUCAACUUAUUCCACUGCCUCUCUGAUCAGUAAUGAAGAACAGUUUGAAGACUAUGGGGAAGGAGAUGAUGUGGAUUUUACUCCCAGUAGCCCAUGCCCUGAUGAUGAGACCAGAACCAACGCCUACUCUGACCUUGGCUCAUCUGUAUCUUCCAGUGCUGGCCAAACACCCCGAAAAAUGAGGCAUGUUUAUAACAGCGAGUUACUGGAUGUUUACUGCUCACAGUGCUGCAAAAAGAUAAAUCUACUCAACGAUUUGGAAGCCAGGCUGAAAAACUUGAAAGCAAACAGCCCUAACAGGAAAAUAUCAAGCACAGCUUUUGGAAGACAGCUCUUCCACCACAGUAACUUCAGCAGCAGUAAUGGCAGCACAGAAGACCUGUUCAGAGACAGUAUAGACUCCUGUGAUAAUGAUAUCACUGAAAAGGUAACGUACCUAGAAAAAAAGGUGACAGAACUGGAGAAUGACAGCCUGACAAAUGGUGAUCUGAAGAGCAAACUGAAACAAGAGAACACCCAGCUAGUUCACAGAGUUCAUGAGCUAGAAGAACUAUUGAAAGACCAAGAAACAUCAGCAGAACAGACCCUGGAAGAAGAGAUAAAGAGACAUAGAGAAGCAUAUAUCAAGUACGAGAAAGAGAAAGGCACUGAAAUUGAACUGCUGAAUACAAGGGUUCAACAACUGGAAGAAGAAAAUGGUGAGCUGAAAUGCACUGUCACACGACUGAAAUCACAAACGGAGAGAUUAGAUGAGGAAAGGCAGCGUAUGUCAGAUAGGUUGGAAGACACUAGUCUGCGACUGAAGGAUGAGAUGGAUUUGUACAAGAGGAUGAUGGACAAGCUGCGGCAGAACAGGCUGGAGUUUAACAAGGAGAGGGAAGCCACGCAGGAGCUCAUUGAAGACCUGCGGAAGGAACUGGAGCACUUGCAGCUGUACAAGCUGGAAUGUGAGCGUCCUGGACGUGGGAGAAGCUCUUCAUCCAGUGUGAGUGAAUUCAAUGCCAAAACCAGAGAGGUGGAAAUGGAGCAUGAAAUAAAAAGGCUGAAGCAGGAGAAUCAGAAACUUCGUGACCAAAAUGAUGAUCUCAAUGGACAGAUCCUAAGUCUUAGUCUUUAUGAAGCUAAAAAUCUCUUUGCAACACAAACAAAAGCCCAGUCACUGGCUGCUGAAAUUGAUUCUGCAUCAAGAGAUGAGCUCAUGGAAGCCCUUAAAGAACAGGAAGAAAUCAAUUACAGAUUACGACAGUAUAUGGACAAGAUAAUUUUGGCAAUCCUAGACCAUAAUCCCUCUAUCUUGGAGAUAAAGAAUUGAAGAGAAUGAGAGAAGGAAAAGCAGCAACUGCCUGAUAUUUCUGCACAUGCCACUGGAUCUAAACAACACUCUGAUACUGUAAAUUAAUCUAUAAAUAUAUAUAUACACUAUGUGUGAGUGUGGGUGCGCGGGUGUGUUUAUAUGAUGUUUGGUACACUGUUAUUUGUCAUUGAAUUGGCUUGGUUAGACUUUUUCCAUGCACUUUCAAUACCUGUGGUAAGAUGGAUACUGUAUAUUAAUGUAAUAACAAUAUAACUGGAUCAUGCUGUUUUAGAUUCUGGACAAAAUUACUCUACCUCUAGUUGUAAAGGUAAAAAAGACAAUGGAAACACAUGGAUGUGUCCCUGACUUUAGGAGCAAGAAUUGUUCUUUUGUUCUUCCAGGAAUUUGGGUACCACAAACCAACUAACACACCCAGGUUCAGUUCCUGACUGGUGCUGACUAUUUCCUAUUUGAUUUAGUUUUAGUACUUAAACCACACAUAGGACACACUUUGAGGAAAAGGAAGGACUCAAAGUACAAGGGAAGAUGAGGAAAAUAUUGCAGAAUUGUUGCUUUUUGUGAAAAAAAUCACCAUCCACUUGUUUGCCACUGUCAGCACAAAGUGCUUUUUAUGUAAGUUCACUCUGGAGCCUGCUUUGGGAUGCUCUGAGCCAGCCUGCUCUUCAGUGUGUGUGAGCAUGUGUAUUUUUAUGCCAGGGUCCCUGUGUAGCAUUGAGGCAAAGAAGCUCUUCAAAUCUGUUCCCCUAUUUUCAGGGGUUUAUCAUGGGCCAUUAAGAUGAAUUCCGGGAUCCUGCCCCUUCACCCUUAAGAGGGAGCACGUUCUAGUUCUUACCAAAAGAAAAAAAAAAAUUGCAUGAAAUAGCUCACAUCGGGGGAGGAGGCGCAGCCCUUGACAUUAUCGGUUGAGUUGCUUUCCCACCCCAGCUACACCUCACUCCUUUGAGACUGACAUUUUGUGGGCAAGCUGUGAAGAGGACUGGCUGGGUCCUAGCACAGUGGUGGAGGGAAGUCAAACAUGGAGUGACUUUUAUCAUUAGGGCAGUAAAAAGGAAAAGAGCUUGGUGUUGCAGCAGUUGCCAAUCCAGGCUGGGUACACACAUGCAUAUUUAAAGCUCUGAAUAGGGAAUACAUCCUGAUUUAAAUGAGCAGUGGGGCAGGUGCUUAACUUUAAAUGUGUACUAUGGCUGCUCAUAGAGGUCAGUUGGACAGAACACUAAAUCUUUAAAGUUGAGUGUAUGCUUAAAUGCUGCCUUAAAUAGGGUGGACUUCAGCAUGUGCCUGUGUUCUCCUGAGCUGGAUCUGUGUACUGUAGGGCUAGGACCUUUUUAAUGAAUAAUGUAGCUUAUGGAAGGAGCUAAUGGAAUUGUUUGGAUAAAUUGAAGGCUAAAAAGAAAAUUAUACCAUGCACUUUUUUAAAGUAAAAAUACCAUAUUUUUGAUUUACACCGACUGGCGCAGAAAAACAGGCCCAAAUAUCUGGCUUUCCCCAGUGCAUAGAGAUGUUUCGUCUAUUGAAUACACUCCCCAGAAGAAUGUUACAGUAGCAAUGACUGUGCUUUUCUGUGUAUUUCUUGCUGUUGGCAGUGUCUUGCCCCUAGUAUUCUCUUGAUGUAUCUUGGUGUGUAUAUGUGAUGCAUUUUUCCUGAAUUUGAAUACAUAAGACUGUAUUCAGUUAUGGAUGUAAAUAUAUAUAUUUUUCUGCAAUCUCUGUGCUCUUGCCUUCAGUGAUGUGUUACUGGAGUGAUGGGAAGCGGGGGAAGUACUGAAAUCAGGCUUUCUUGAAGGCAAGACAAUAAAACCAACUUGUUUCUAUGUACCUGCAUCAGGCAGGUGUAAAGUAACUGGAAAGUGAAAGGGACCAGAGGAAUAACCAUGGGACAACACCGCAGUGCACAAAGUGUGUAAGACUUCAGUGCUCUGGAAGAAAUGGUGCCGUCUUGUUUAAACAGUAAUGUCUUAGGGCUGGUUUCCUGAGGCUAUGGGGUGAGGAAGGGAUUUAAAGACUACUCCUUUGCUGCCUGGAGAUGGUGUAAAAUGACCUCCGAUGUGCAACAUGGCAAAAGGUUCUGUCAUUGACAACACACGCAUGCGCCCUUCCCAGAAGGCAGGAGAGGAACAUUUAAGCCAGAACUCUUCACUUUCACUUUAGUGAUGGCAUUUCCCUCUAACUGAAGCCGUCUGUGGGUUGUGCCAAGGACUUUGCUCUUUUUAUAGUCCGCAGAGAACAAUUUCAAGUUGUCAGGUGGCUGUUGCUAACCUGCGGUGAUGAGCAGGGCUGGGUGAACUAGCAUGCCUGCUACCGGAGCUGACUGUGUUUGGUAAGUUACGCUUCUGUCCUGCUCUCAUGCAGUGGAUUUAAGUAUGAAUGAAGCUGUUGCAGGUCAGAAUGGUGACUGAAUGUUUCCCCCUAAGUAUUUUUAGAGUAAACUGGACUUAGCUUCAAAAUUGUAAUAAUCUAAAACCCAUUCCCAUUAGGGUAGAACAUCAGCAAAUGUUGAGGACUAUUUCACUGAAAGUGGUGCUGAGCACUUGGGGAGCAGAGAGCCUGGCUUACUUCACUGAGACACAGACCCAUGGACAUGAACAGAAGAAGACAUGACUGUAGUGAUAGCCAACGUAUUUGCAGGUAAUUGUAUGUAAGAGGUGAAUAGCCACUAAUAGAGACAAUAGUCUCUUAAGUCUGGCUGAAAUCCUGAAAGUGGUAUUUAGCCAAGGGUACUCAGCAGUGGGUUUUCUAAAGGCUCACAAGACUUCUUGUGCAGCUCUGUACCCACCUGCUUUAGCAUUUAGAAGCUUUUACUCCAGUGUUUGCGUUUGAAGAGUUGUCUUACCACCAUGUUGGUGGUGUUUGUAGCUUUGUUUUAUUGCAUAAAAGUUAUGCUUUUGCUCCUGUGGGGCCCUCAGUGUGCUACUGCUUUCUGUUAUGUUCAAAUACAUAUCCAGAUGCUUGAUAUGUUUGACAACUAAUGUGAUUUGGAGGUGGGAGAGGUGUUUCACUGACAGAUACACUUUCCUCUAAGACAUCCACCUCUAAAAAUGCCAAUUAGCAAUUGCAUUCUUAGACUGAGUAGCUACAGUAACUACGCAUACUAGACCAACUUAUUUUGCAGCCCAAGCCUUGGAGAACCCUUCUAUCCCAGAAAAGAAGUCAUCAUGUUUUAUGACAUGCAGGUAACUUGAUAAUAAGGGGUAUCUUGAUGGGUUAUGGGAGUAGAGAGUAAUCAGAUACUGAUGUUGCAUAUUUUGGUUAAGUGUCAGACAGCCACAUUGGCAGAACAGACAGGAGAUGCGGGAGAUGGUGAAGCACUGGUUUCAGUGUCGGUUCUUUGACAAAUUCCUUAUUGUGAGUUUUCUUUGUGCCCACAGCCCAGCUGGGGAAGUACAGCCUGCCUGUGUGUCAGUGUCACUGUGGGUGGAACAAUGGCUUCACCUCCCUGGGUAAAUAACUUCAGAUACAGAAACGUGGUAUCAUCUCAUUCUAGCACUGCUCAAGUGCAGUAAACGUUCUUGUGUCAGAUCUGUGCUUCUCACUUAACCCUUGGGGAUGCAAACACAAUCCAAGGUGCUUGGAUCUUGAUCUGUUUCUCUAGUUCAUUCUGGUAUAGAUUCAGAAAAGCUAAGUGAUAUUCUGGUCAAACCAGUUGCAAACCACUGCAGGUAUUUUUGUACAGUGAAAAAAAUGACUGCUUCUCACCAGCAGCUGUCCUUUCUUAAGCUGAUCCCACACACAUCAAGCUACUGCAGAAAAAAACCUGUUUCAAAACUUGCACCUAGGAGUGCAUGAAAUGUGGUCUCUCAAGAUUUUACUCAUACUGGCUGCUUCCCUCCAGACAUCACUCUUAGGCUGCUGCCUAGUUCUGGUUUUGGAGUGUGAUACUGAGCUAAAAUUACCUUGACAUAAAAGAGUAUUUUUCAGUUUUCUGAAUAACUUCUAUUAAAGACGCAAGCUGUUUGAGAAUUUGUCAUGUUUUGAAGUGCAGCAGUGACAAACUGUAACCAUCCCAUUUAUUUUUAAGGAGUUUUUAGUAUGCUAAUUUGUAGCAAGUCUCAAAAAGGAAAAAAACUCCAGUACACUUUUGCUGCCAACUUUCCUUUUAUGGUCUUGGGAGAAAUUCAGAUGUUUCUCAGCCAGCUCUGGGGGGAGUUGAACACAGCGUUAUUAAUUCUCAAAGAUGCAUGGAUCAAAUACUUUGCUGCCUGAAUGCAGCAAUGCCCAGUUCACUUCAGCAGAACUGCAUUACUCUCCAGACAGGAUCUUGGCCUGCAGUAUGUGGGCUGCCUGGUCUGGUUAGUAAUUGAGGUCUUGGAAGCUAAUACAUAAGCACACACCGUGGCUGGCUCCAUCGGUCACUGCUCAGCAGUCUCUGCAUCCUAGUGCUAAUGAUGAAUCUGAGAAGUAGGAUUUACAAAUAAAUGAAUACUUUUUUCCCCUUCUUUAAUGGUAGUGAAUAUAAAGUGGUUUUCUCUUCAAACAAAUACUGCACGGUGUGGUCGGAGGGAUGUUUUCCAAGGAAGGAAGGAAGUAGCAGCUGAUCAAACACUUGCCACAUCAGUGGCUUGGCUUAUAUCGAUUCAAGUGAAAACUUGGCUCAAACUUUGAGCAGUUCCUGGAUUGGUUCUAGUGUAAGUAGCAGUGCUCAUAUUCCAGUUAUUUCAUUUGUUACUCAAGAAACAUUGUCAAGAAGGCAUGACAGGUGAUGUAACACAGCUGAUUUUAAAGGGUAUAGUUCAAUAGCUGCUGGCAUCUUGCUCUUUUGCAGCAUCCUUGGGGUGGUUUUCUCAGUAUUUUUCAGUUCAAAGUAUUGUUGUAGAAACAUCUGCAACUCAGGUCACUGUACCAUCAUUUGCCACAGUGUGGAGCCAGCUGAUAGGGCUACAUUGUGUUCUGAAAACUUGUCCGUGCUUACUGAAAGUUUUGUUCAGCUGUGAAAGUAAUGCCUAUUCAAACAUAUAAUUGUGAAGAGAUUACUUAAACUUUAAACCUGAUGAAAAUGUAUAUUAACAAACAUGGAUUUCUAUAGUAUAGUUUGGAACCUACUCCAAGAAUCUGUUUUUAGUGGUGGAAGUAUGACAUCUGAGCUGUCAGCUCUCAUAUCACUCAGCAGAGCCGCAUGCACCCUGGCAAAGGGUGCAGAGGUGAUAGUUCUGGCAGACACACAGUCAAUACAUAGACAAUGACUGAAGCAGGAGGGCUGUGGUUACUCUUCUACCCAGUAACUUGGAGCAGUGAUGAUCUUGCAGUGCUCAGCAUCAGCCCUGUUUUGUUUAAUACUUUAUCCACAGCUAAAUUAUUCUGGCUUUGGAGAAAGGAAGUCAGAAGGGGAACUAAGAAUUUCAUAUCAUGUGAACACUGUAAUAAACUACAGGGCACCAAUUGUUGCACUGAGGGUAUGUUUAAAUACUGAGAUAUUUUGGGAAUUACUGUAAUAGCGGUUGUGGGAGUCAUUUGGUUUGCUUUGGUGCACAGACUGUACUGACAUUUUUUGCAUGGUUACAUAUUUUAGUACUUGUGCCUUUUAUUUCUCUGUUGUGAAGAUGCAUUUUCACAUUUUAUUUCCUGUUUUGGGCACUUUUGAUAUACACUUUUUAAUUUGAUCUUCAUCUCUGGUUUCCAUGUAAUGUACAUGUGUAUAUAUAAAAUAGAUCAGAUUUGUAUUCAUGUGCCUCUGAGAUGUAAAAACAACCCAUUUUGUACAGGUUUUUUAGAAGCACUAGGUCAUGGUCGAGAUUAUGUAGCAGAUGAAAUUCAAUGUAAUUAGCAGUUCUCUGUCUUUGAGAAAUGUUGUGUCAGAUGGCUGGUCUCUUUUGUAAGGCAGUGUCUCACACACACUCCCCAGAUUUAUUGUUGUAAUAUCAUUAUGAGAUCCAUUCUAUCCACUUACUGGUUUUAGUUAAUUCAAAAUAAUAAAACGCCUAAAUCAAUGUUA